GUCCCACAUGAGAUUAAAUGCUAAGCAAUUAAUGACUGAAAUGGUCUCAUCAAUACAUUAAUUUUAUUGAGGAAAACUGAGUUACGAAGUGAGUUCCACGCAUCAUGAUUCGUAAAUUCUUCAUAUUAUUUGUAGUCGCGAUGCUGUCCAGCAUGGAAGCUCUCACACAAGCUUCCCCCAAGAUAGAGUCUCUUCCUCAGACGCUGCUGGUGCAGGAAGGCGACAACGUAACAUUGCACUGCGCACUCGAAGACCUCGGAGAUCACGCCGUCGCCUGGCAUAAAGAGGACCACUUAAUAUCAGGGAUGAUGAGGGGGGCGCUUACUAAAAUCACAGAUGAUCCAAGACUAGUACCCAGCGUCUCGGAGUUGGUUCUUCAUCGCGUCGUGGCUGCAGACUCCGGCAUCUACACCUGCAGCGUCGGGCAGACGAUGCCGCAAGGCUACCACGACAUCAACGCCUCGAGUACCGCGCAAAAUUAUGGGGAAAUUCUUCAGCUCUCGCACAAUCUCACCGUCAUUCGCACCACUAAAGAAUACGAGGCGACUGGCAGAGGUAACGUGCACACGGACUACUCGCCAUUUGAAGGCACCUCCGUUGAGCUGAGCUGCGCGGUAUCGGGAAUACCAAGACCACUAGUUCAAUGGACGAAAUACGCAUUUUCGACAUCUGCGGAAGAAAACUGUGGAUGCACCGACAGCAACUUCAAGACCUCCAGAUUACCUCCACAGCCUCUAGGUGUCAGAGAGAAUCUGACGUUUGCCAACGUUCGGCGCUCAGAUUCAGGCAUUUAUUCUUGCAGUGCAUACAACGGUAUCGGCCAGGUCGAGACUCUAAACAUCACAAUGAGAGUCAUGUUCGCACCUUCAGUAAAAGUUCCAGUGCGGAAAGUGUAUAGCGGCAAGGACGUCUCGACCGUGCUGUGUUGCGACAGCGAUGCCCAUCCUCCACCCAGCGUCACUUGGUAUAAAAUGCAAACUCCGGAGAAUCCCUACCGAAGUUAUGAUCCUGAAGCAUCUGAGCCCAUACCCAGUGACGGGCUUGAUGGUUUCUGGACUAACGAUCGCCACUCGUCUUUGACCUUCAGUCCAGAAAAUAAUCCAACUUGGAGUCCUGUGAGCCCUACGAGACUCAAGAAAGCUGGCUGCCAGAACAGACACACUGCUUUUUCCAGAAACACUCUGAGCAUACCACGCUUCCGUGAAGCAGAUCUUGGCACAUAUCGUUGCAUUGCAAGCAAUCCGUUGGGCAAUGACAGCGCCUACAUUUCCGUUACCGGCGAGCCCUGGUCACUCUUUGUUGUGUCGGAGACUCACACAAACUUAACUGACUCCUAUACCCUGGCGUGGCAAGUUAACAGCUAUAACGAAAUACUGCGCUACGAGGUCAGCGUAGAGAAGACUCGUCAGGCUUCAGAGGAGUCCUCGCCAGCCAGAAACUACACCGUCCCAGCAAUUUUGACGCAAAUGCCUGUAUAUCAUUCACAGGUGAAGCAUUUAACUGGCCUGAGUCCCGGCAGUUUGUACAGAGUUAACAUUCGGGCAUACAACUCGUAUGGCUACGUUGAUCUCGACUCUCCCUUCAUCUUUCAUACGCUUGGAGAAGAUGGGUCAUACGCCAGUGAUCAUUUAAGUGGCAGUAGCACAUCGGACGACAACUUCUUCCCGACUGAUUACUCCGACACUGAAGUGAACCUGGAGUCUCGACCGCCUGAACUCCUGAAAUUCACUACCGAGCGCAGUUCUGCCGAAAUAGAGAAGAGAAACAACAUGGUGCCUCAUAGCCGCCCACUGCAAGGAAACGUGUCCCUCAACGAGACGCCUUCAACGGCGCCGCCGAGGCAAGCGUCGCCUAAGGAGCUCGGCGCUCUUCUCACAGCCAUCGCACUCUCGGCUUUUUUCUCGUUAUCUGCUUCCAGGUGGUGUGCCGGAUAAUGUUAAUUCCCGGUCUGGAAGUGGAAGUGAUGCCAGAUUAGCUCUCGUCUGCGACACACCACAACAUUUUCAUCUAAUGAAUCUCCGCGCCUAAUGACCUAUUGUUAUAUCUGCUUACCGCAUUGUAAUGACGGAUUUGGCACUAACAUUAAGUUCAUAUUUUUUUUAAUAUAACCAGUUUGGUGAUUUGAAUACUUUCAUCAUAGAUUUUCUGUUAAUCUUAAUCUGACCAACCGGAUAAUAUGUCGCUGUUCAUGGAGAAAAGCUUAAGGAACUUUUUGGAAUAAACUGUUUGUUGCGCGAUUCCGGUAAUAGAAGAAUUUGAAUUCUCCAAAAACUCUUCAUUAUUUUUCGUGCGACGGAAUUGGAAACGAAAUAAGUUGUUCGUAAUUGAUUAAUGUUGUGCUGUCUUUUUCGUACUAAAAAUGUUUGCAGUGUAAGUCGGUGGCGACAAGUAAAACAGUCUUUAUUGUUCUUUAUAGUCUGCAAUACCGUCUAUUGAUACUUGUAAUCCGUCAGUUUUAAACGCGUUAUGGUGAAACGGCGACCGCCAAAUGUGAUUUAAAUAAAACUCGCGCUAGAUGUACUACAUAAUAUUAUCUCUUGAUGAUCAUUUGGUGGUGGUCAUUUAGAUAUAUUAGCAGCGUGCACUUUAAAUUGUUCUUCUAGCAUUCAUGAUGGUAAUGCAGUAGCGCAAGUCGAUGGGUUCUACAUGUAAAUGCUUUCAAGAGGAUACUGACAUCUUCGCUGAUAAUAUCUUUGAUACUAUCAAUAUAUUGAUAUUAUGCACGUCGAACAAAGUAAUAACCAUAUGUUCUUUUAGGUAACUGCAGACUGACUGUUGCUGCAAGUUAGGUUCACGCAAAUGGUAAAAACUCUUCGAUUUAUGAGAAAAAUUCAUUUUCUAAACAUUGAAAUAAAAUUCAAAAACUCUUCGAUAAUUUUUCGACUAUAUCAUCGAUUAAUACAGAACUAGAAUAUGGACGUACAUGAAAAAAUUUAUGCGAUGCAGUUUUAUGUUCAUAGUAGAUAAUUCUAAAGGUUCAUAGUUAUGAUAGUAGAUGCAUGUAGCAAUCAAUACUUCAAGUAAAAUAAGGCCACUGUUUCUAAUCGCGAGCAAUGAUUUUCAUCAUCGGCUAGCUGAUGUCGACAACUUCAGCACGCUGAGAACGUAGUAGAAAUAAAUCGCAAAGCGAUAGAAAUUUAGGUUUCAAAAGCCUAGUGAGAAAGAUUAUGUACAUACAAUGAAGCAUCGAAAUAAAAACAGUUUCUUCCGUUUGGGUUUAUUCGAGAUUUGGAAGAAUUACAACUCCGGACGAUGAAAUUGAAAAUCAGGAAGUAUGAAAUGUUCUUACAAAUAUCCGCAUAUAAGUGAAACAAGAAUGAAUAAUAGCAAAAUCAUACAUUGCGUGAACCCUGAAUCAAUCAAAUUUUACUAGAAAUCACAAAAAAUAAUUAAUAUGCUGAACAUAUAGAAACUUGAAUCGCAUCGAAGUAAGCAAAGGAAAACACGUAUAAUUAGUCGGGAUAAUAAAUCAGUUAUGACUUCGUAUUAAACAUCGGUAAGGUACAUAGAAGUUUGGUCAUCGUACUAGGGAUACAGGCCCUGAACAUCAAACAAUCAACUGCAUACUAUAAUAACAAAUGGGGCCAAAACGAACAUUGCCUCCAAAUAAAUCGAAAAAAUCACACAAAAGUUGUGUGUGUUCGGAUUCGAGCUAGCGAUUGUAAAGUAACAAACUAAAAAACGAAUAACAAAAAUUUAUAAAGGCAACAAAAUACACUACGGGAUAAAAGGAAAAAGGAAUGAUUG